AUGGCGGCCGCGCCGCUGCUGGUGCGGCUCAGCCCCGCGCCCGCCGCCGACAAGGCGAUCCUCAAACUCCACUCGUACUUCCAGUCGGGACGGCGCUCGGGCGGCGGCGAGUGCAACGUGCGCGCCGGCCCCGAGCCCGGCACCUUCUGGGUGGAGUUCUCCAAGGAGCAAGACAGGAAGAGCGUGGAAUCCCGCCCGAAACACACCUUGGAGCUGGGCGCAGAAUGCCUGGAGAUAGUGAUCCUGCCGGGAGAAGGGGGGCCGGGCAGGAGCCAGGUGCCAGCGCAGGGCUCUGCCAGCCCCGCCCUGCCCCAGCCGGAGCAGCGGGACCGCGGUGCCUCUGCGGCCACAGCCAGGGAGCACCUCACCAAAAAGAUAUUUCUUACAGUAUCUGCUACUUUGAAUACCAGUAUGUUCACUGAAGACCAAAGGGAGAAAAUUACCAUUAUGUGUCCAAACUUAAAGAGAGAAGGAAACCCUGGCAUGGGUGGCUCUGAGAAAUUGACAGGAGAUUUUACAGAUAUUGAAAAAGCUUAUCACUACUUUGAGGCUAUCCUUGCAGGCAAAGACCCAAACCAUGAUUUUUCAUAUUCUGAAUGUAAGAAUGGUUUGAAAGAUGAAAAUGGCCUGAAUACUGAAGAAAUGCCUGAGUUUACAGUUGUGACAGCUCUCUAUGAGUAUUUUAGUCAUACCCGCAAAGAAAAAAUCAAAGAACUACAUGAAAGGUUUGGAGCAUGUCUAAAAAUUAAAGGUUAUGACGAGAAUAACACAUUAAUAUACUUGUCUUCUGAUAAAAGUCCUACAAUGUUACAAGCAGCUAGUGAAUUUUUUAUCAAAACUUUUCAGGAAACUACGAAAGAUUUGACACAGGAAAAAGUUCCCAUAAGAAACAGUUACACAUUAAAAGAGACAAUAAUGGAAUUAAAUGAAAAGUUUAGAAAUCUUCUUGCUAAAGAGGAAGGGAAUCAGUUGCUACUCCGUGGUCCAGGGAGUGAGAUUUUAGCUGCCAAAAAAUUCCUAGCAGAAGGUGAGAACAGCCAAGCUGAGAAGAAUAUGAAAAUAUCGUCUGAAGGGUACAAAUACAGGAAUGGAAUUGAAGUUGAUGCUUCUGUGCUUAAAUUGUUGGAAACCAUAUUAAGCAAAGAAAUUGAAAACAUAAAUCACAAAUUUGAUACCCUGGUAGAAAUAAAAGAGGGGUCAUAUGGCCACAUGGUUGUAAUAUUUAGGCCUAAAGCCAAAACUUCUGAUAUGUCGUCACAUGCUACUGAAAGUUUCAUCAAUGCAUUUCAGAGUGCUUCUUCAAUGUUAAGAAAAAAAAUCAUCAGCAUGAACCUUUCAGAAGAUCAGAAGAAAAAUUUAAAUAAGCUACUUAAUGCUAAGAAAUUGGAAGAUCUUAAAGUAAAACUUUGGAAGAAUGAAGAUAAGUUAAUCAUAAGUGGUUUACCAGACCAUCUUUGUGCUGCUGAAAAGUACAUGAAGGGCCUUUUUAACAUUGAAGACUCAACACAAACUAAAAAUAGGGCACCACUGUCCUCUCAUCUCAGCUCUCAAGAAGCUACAGGAUCAUCUAAGAAGUCCAGUGUUAGGCGAAAGAAGAAUCUUUCUUCUGGUGGACAAACUCGGGCAAAGGCAGAAGAGAGCGAAGAAGAUAAGUGUCCGAUUUGCAUGGACAGAAUUACAGAUAAAGAAACACUAGAAAAGUGCAAACAUUCAUUUUGCAAAGUUUGCAUUGACAGAGCCAUGACUUACAAACGAGCUUGUCCUGUUUGUAAUUCUGUCUGUGGAGUCCUGACAGGAGACCAACCGGAUGGAACAAUGUCAUCUAAAACACUCAGUUUCUCUCUUCCUGGUUAUCCCAAUUGUGGCACUAUUCAGAUUGAAUAUGAUAUGAACGGUGGUAUUCAAACUAAGAGCCAUCCAAACCCAGGGCAGCGUUAUGAGCCAGCUCGCCGAAUAGCGUAUUUACCUGACAAUAAGGAGGGACGAGAAGUUCUGCAGCUCCUCACAAGGGCCUUUAAACAAAGAUUGAUUUUCACAGUGGGGCAGUCACGUACUACAGGUGCACAAGGUGUUAUCACAUGGAAUGAUAUUCACCACAAAACUGCCAUAAAGGGAGGACCUACACAGUUUGGUUACCCGGAUUCUUCUUAUCUGCAGCGCGUUCGAUCAGAAUUGAAAGCAAAAGGAAUUGAAUAAGGAAAUCUUAUCAACUCUCAGCUCUUGAGUGUAAUGACUGAACAUGGAGCAGUUAAUGCUCAAGCUCUGAGGGAAGUUACUUUGUUUAACUGAUUUAAAUGAUUUGUUUAAACCGUUUGUAUGUCAUAGUUAGCCAAGAAAAGUGAUCUUUUCUCAUCAAACAAAAGCAUUUACUUUCCUACAUAUGUAGCCUUUACAGAAUUUGGUUCUUUUGAGUAUAGUAUCAGUACUGUUUGCACUUUGUAGAUCUUGCUUUACUGGCAAAUCUGAUCUGCACUUCCCACAGCUCUCCAAUCUGAUAUCCAAAACCCUUAGAUCCACUACUGGCUUUUAUUAGAUGAAAUACUUCUCUUAGCUUUGCAUUAUGAUGUCUGCCAGCAUGGCUAGAAUCAUGUAACUCAUCGAAUGGAAAAUGUUUAUGUAGCUAUAACAGUGAUAAGGCUAUGGAGUUUUGCUUCUUUUCAUGGUAGAAAUGGCCUUAGUGAUUUGAGUUUUGCACGUGAAAUUAGCCAUGGAUCACGUACAAGUAGGUACAUGGAUGCUUCUGUAUUUUUAGCUCUGCAGAAGUGCUGAAUGCAGAGAGCUGUGUUGGACCAAACAGGAAGUAACAGUGUCUGUGGCCGUAUCUGAUAGUGGGCUCCUGGUUCUGUGCUUGCCAUUGUGCUUAAACUUAAAUAUGACUUUUAAAUCAGUUUUUCAACUAUAUUAUUUCAAUUGCAUCCAAUACAGGUUUAAUUUGUAUCAUAGAACUACUUUGCAGUGCCUAAAUAACCUGCUAAUUACCUGUGUGGUGGUGUCACACACACAGACAUAAUUUUUAGUGAGUUUAAUAAUUUCUCUAAUGCUAUUGAGUACAA